GUGAAUUAUUACCGACAUAAUAAACAAAGUUCACAGUUUAGUUUGAACAAUUUAGUAUGUUUCAGACAAUGUUAAAAGUCUUGAUAUAAAUAUAUCGGUAUGUAUUUAAAAAAAAAAAAUAGAAACAAGAAUUAAAGGAAAUGUUUGCAAAUUUUAUAAAUAAUAUUUAGUUAUAUAUAGAAAUCUAUACUUCUUCGAAUAACUUAAGACUUCGAGAAUACGAAUAAACGUAGCAUAAUAAUCUUUGUUGCGCAUUUUAUGAACUCAUUGAGUUCGUUCGUUUUAUCGCACUAAUCAAUGUUUUGAAAUGAUUAAUAAUUAUUAAAGGGGGGAAUAGUACAGUCUCGCAUUACGAGAAAUUCUAACUUAUUUAUCUAUUUCGUUAGACUGCUUUAUUUCAAUUCGUAUAUAAUUUCAUCAUAAAUACAUUUUAUAUAAAAUUAAAUUCAGUUUAAUCGGUAUUAAAAUUCACAAAAUAUUAAAUUAAUUUUUAUUUCAAUAUCAAUUUGAAUUUGGUAAUAUUUGUUAUUUGAACAUUGUAUGGAAUUCAUUUAGUGCACAAAUGUAAUCCUUUAAAUAUUUCGAAACAAGAGAUAUAUGAUUUAAGAAAGACACACACAUUAUUAUGGGUACAUAUGUAAAUUUCAAGGUUAAAAAAUUCGAUAUUAUAAUAUAAUCAAUAUAUCUCUAGAAACUUAUCUUGAAGAGUUCAGUGAACACACAUUAAAAAAAUGUACGCGAACUACUCAACCGUAUAUUAAGUUUGCAAAACACUGUAAUAUAAAACUUAGUCUCUUUCACACAUUUAUCUUACAAUUAGUAUACUAAAUUAUAAUAGGUAGUUCGAUAAAUUCGAUAAAUUUAUACACGCUUUUAAUUAUAAUGCUUUACGAAAGUUUAUCAAUGUUAAUAAAUAAUCAAAUCUUAGUACAGGUCUCUCGAGCAUAACAAAUAUUGUAUUACGAAUAUCGUGAUAAACAUGAAUUUAAAUUGCGAUUAUGGGAUCGUGAAAUAUUGAGAAAGAAAUUGAAAGAAAUAAAAAAUAAAUCGUAUAAAUUGUUUUCUCUCUCUCUCAUUCAUAUAAGUUACUCUCAAGUAAAAAGUAUCCAUGGAAAACAAUAAUAAGAAUAACGAGGAUAACAAGCAAGAAGAGGAGGCAUGAUUGAGAGAGGGAAGAAGAUUGAGAAGAAAAAGAGAAGAGGAUAGUGAUAGAACGUAGGCGUUUUUAUCAAAAUGCUUCGUUGCAAUCUAUUCAGAACUUGGGGUAUGAUAACACAUUUUGAACAACAUGGACGCACCAAUUGUAAUAGAACGACGAAAAAAUUAUUAAAAGGAAGGAAGGAAGGAAGGAAGGAAGGAAGGGAACAAAAAUUGUCUCUAUCUCUCUCCUUUUCAAUUCAAAAAGAGAGAUAUGGUUGAACUUACACACAUAUGCAUAAUACAAUAAAGAGAGAGAUAUAAAUAUAACGCAAAUUAUAUAUUUAUACAUACAUCAUCAUACUAAAUACAUAUUGCAAAGGAUAAAUAAAGAAUAUUUACACGCGCAUACAUUAUAUACCAAUAUAUACUUACAUAGAAAGAUAUAGGUAUCAUUGUAUUAUUAUCUACACACACAGAUAGAUACAUCAAUGUAUUAAAUAUACAUAGGACGCAUACAUAUAGUUAGAUAAGGAUAUGAAUGUAUUGUAUAUGAAUGUAUGUAGUCCACGCGACACGAAGGAAACUUAUUCGGUUGUUGGUGGGGUUGAACCGGAAACCAAGAGGAGUAGUAGCACACUGUGUUGUCGACGGGUAGGAAAAGAGAGAACGGUAUUCGACGAGGGAAAUUAGUGUCUGCUCGGCUGCCGUUCUCUCGAGAAGAAGAGGAACAGGGGAUAGAAUCGGAUCUCCUAUCAAAUCGGUGGAAGACGCAUCGUGUAUGUGCUUUUUCAAAGAACAACGAGUCUUCUUGUGUAUAUACAAAGAGAAGAGAUAGGAAAAAGGAACAACAAGUACACCCUAUAGAAAACGGUUGUCAUUUUCUACGAGGGCUCGAUCUUCUCCACAUGGUCGAAGUGCAACAGUUGAGCGAAUCCCUAGAGGGGGGGGAAGCUAUGGGUUCUUCCAACAACCCUUAUCCCCCUUCCAGUGCUCAUCUUUCUUCUCCCUUGAUCACCGGCUUCGGCAACCUCAAGCUAUCCUCUGAACGAUGCAGAAACAGAUUCCACCGGAAAUUCAAGAACGACGCAACAUUAGGUACGCCAGCAGUAUUGGAGAAGGUGGUAAGCAGAGACAAAGUUUCAAAAAAGGUGAAAACAAAGACGAAGAACGUGGUUAAGAGUACAAAAAAAAGUAGUAGUAGUAGCAGCAGCAGCAAAUAUUCGAUCGCUGGUAAAGUUUGGGAGACUUUGGCAGCUGUUAGAAAAAUUCGUGGACCAAAUGGGAUCUUAGAGACAGCAUUAAUCGUGCAUCUGGAUCGUUUGGAUGUGCCUGCUACUUGCGAUAAAUCAAAACUGUGCAAGUUUCAAAAGAAUAAUGAUACUGUGAAGGAUCAACGUCAACAUCAUAAUCGAAAUGAUCAUCAUAACAAUUUCGUAGAUGUUCUUGCCAACAAUGACAACGAUAACGAGAAUUAUGCAGAUUGCAAAGAUGUUGAUCAAAAAUUGGAUAACAGGAGAAUUACACAAGAGAUAAACUAUAAUCAAGGUUGGUGAAGUAUUAAACAUGCGAACAAAAUCCAUCGGGGUUUUUAAAGGGUAACAAUGAAUGAUAAUGUAUAGUUAUUAACAAUUUAAGGAUGAUCAAAAUUUAUAAUAAUUAAUCAUUUAUACUCUGCAAAUUUUUUUUCUCGUAGUAAUAGUUUUUUUUUUUUUUUUUCACUAAAUUAAUGAUAAUUAUUUAUUUUAAUGAAAUACUUUUAUAGGAACAUCGUGCGCACCGUGUACAGAUAAUUUUCGAGCUAAAAAGGCAUUACCACAUAAUUUAUUUAUUUUUAUUAGAAUGAUUAAAAGCGAACACAGUGUUUGCUAGCAAUAGUCGGAGUGCGAAGGGUUAAUAAUAAUAAUAAUAAUAAUAAUAAUAAUAAUAAUAAUUAAAA